AACAGAGUAACAAAAUGGCUUCCAUUGUUCAAAGUUUGUCGUGGAAUUGACUGUAUUAAAGUAAACUUUUUAAAUUAGUGCCUGUGUUAUUUUUAAUUUGGUUUAUACACUAUCACAUUGACUUUUAUCACUAUAAUUUAGAAUCAUUAGAUUAAUUCCUUUUUUUCAUUUAGAACUGUGAUUGGUGAAAUUGUAUAAUAGUUGUACCAUGAGUAAUUACGAAGACGAUCAAAGUGAAGAUGGUGAAUUAGCACGUAGUCCUGUUCAAGACGAAAUGGAUUUCAGCUUAUCUGAUGAAGAUCGUGACAACGCGGAUUCCCUAGUUAUUAAACCACCGCAAGCUGUGAUUCGUUCUCAUCGUGACAAAAGAGGUCACAAGCGAUCUGUUAAAGACAGAUACAAGGAAACUACUCGAAAGGAAAAGAAACAUUUAUACAGGGAACGUGAUAAGUCUGAUAAACCAAAACGUGAGUUAAGUAAAAAUAUAGAACGUGACGAAAUGCCAAAAGAAUAUUACAGAGAAAAGCAAUACUACCGAGAAAAAGAAGUGUAUAGAGAAAAGGAUGUCAGGGAGAAAGAAAUGUAUAGAGAGAGGGAGGUCAGGGACAAGGAGUUAUACAGAGAGAAAGAUGUUUACAGAGAAAAGGAUCCUUAUAGGGAAAGAGAACAUUAUAGAGAAAGGGAAAUGUAUAGAGAUAAUGCAGCCUAUAGAGAAAGUGGAAGACCCAAAGAAGUUUAUAGAGAAAAAGAAGUUUAUAAAGAAAAAGAUCAAGUUCAAAGAGAACGUGAAAUGUAUUCAAGUCGUGAUAGACAGUAUAAAUACACAGAUCCUGAGAGAAAGAGGAUUGAAAAUGAAAGAAUAGAAACUAGAUUAAGAAUAUUGGCAGAUGAAAGCAGAAAUAACCAUACUAAUGAAAAGGAAAAUAGAGAUAGAACUUCUGGUGAUAAGGAACUUGAGGAUCUAAGGAGUAGGUUAUUAAGUAAAAGAAUAUCAAAAGAGUUACAAAAUCAGGAGACAAAAAAGCCAAACGAGCAUGAGAGCAGGGAAGCUACAAAUUCUGUACAUAAUGAAAGGGAGAAGAAUUCUGAACGCCAUUCAACACUUGACAAACAUCAACAAGAGAGAAGAAAAAGAUUAUUAGAAGCAGAAAGAGAAAUGGUUAAAAGAAAAAAUGAGUCCCGAGUAGAGCUUGAGGCGAGGCGCGAGGAGCGUCGGCGCCGUGGCAGGAAGCGCUCAGUGUCACCCCAAGUUGUGUCCAGCAAAAAGAACAAAACUCAGCACUCACCCAAUUAUGGUGAAUCAGUUGUAACUGUAUCUGAUGCAAGCGACAUAGAAGUGAAGAGUGACUCCCAAAACUCUGAGCCUGAGGAAGGUGAACAUUCCAACAGCGAAACUGAAGAUGAGAGUUCAAUGUCAGAUUCUGACUCUGACAGAGAUUCAAAGUCUGAAGACGAAAACAAAGAAAAUAAAUCAGAAAAGGAAGAAGAACCUGAGACUAUCAUUGAAAAGGAAAAGUCUAAAUCCAAAUCACCAACUUCUCCAAAAUCAGAACACGGCAGUCCUUCAUCUCAUGGAUCAGUAAGGUCACAUUCAAGAUCUAAAAGUAGAAGUCGUUCACAUUCAUUUUCGCCACCACCACCGGGUGAAAAUGGUAAAGUUGCUGAAGAAGAAAAGCCUCAACAAGAUGAUGAGGAAAUCAGGUUAAGAGAAGAGGCAAUCAAUGCCUUGCCGCCAUACUAUCCAGCACUACAGGGCUGUCGAUCAGUUGAGGAGUUUCAAUGCCUCAACCGAAUAGAGGAAGGCACAUAUGGAGUUGUUUACAGAGCUCGCGACAAAACAACAGACGAUAUUGUUGCUCUGAAACGCCUUAAAAUGGAAAAGGAAAAGGAAGGAUUUCCCAUCACCUCUCUGAGGGAAAUCAAUACAUUGCUCAAGGGACAGCAUGCGAAUAUCGUGACAGUGCGAGAGAUCGUCGUCGGGUCCAACAUGGACAAGAUAUUCAUCGUCAUGGACUACGUGGAACACGACCUCAAGAGCCUUAUGGAGACUAUGAGGGCUAAGAAGCAAGUCUUUCUACCAGGAGAGGUUAAAUGUCUAAUGACACAGCUGUUGAAAGCCGUACAUCACUUGCAUGACAACUGGAUAUUGCACAGAGAUCUCAAGACGAGUAACCUAUUGCUAUCACAUAAAGGAGUUUUAAAGGUGGGUGACUUUGGUCUAGCCAGAGAGUACGGUUCCCCGCUGCGGCAGUACACGCCCAUAGUGGUGACGCUGUGGUACCGCGCGCCAGAGCUGCUGCUGUGCUGCAAGGAGUACUCCACUCCCAUCGACAUGUGGAGCGUGGGCUGCAUAUUUGCCGAAUUCAUCACCAUGAACCCAUUGUUCCCCGGGAAGUCUGAAGUUGAUCAGCUGAAUAGAAUUUUCAAGGAUUUAGGUACUCCAUCGGAGCUGCUGUGGCCAGGUUACAAGGACCUGCCAGCCGUGCAGAAAAUGACUUUUGCGGAACACCCCACUGGCGGAAUGCGCCAGCGCAUCGGCUCUGACUUGUUGUCGGAAGCGGGGCAUGCGUUAUUGCAAGGCUUUCUGACCUACAACCCGGCUAGGCGGUUCACAGCUGAUGGUGCGCUAGAUCACCCCUAUUUCAAGGAGCAACCCGUGGCCAUCGAGCCGGCGAUGUUCCCCACGUGGCCCGCGAAGUCUGAAGGGGGGCGGCGUACCACGCACAGCCCCAAGCCCCCCGCGGGCGGCGGCGCCUACGCGCAGUACGCGCGCACGGACACCGACGAGGCGCUCGGCUUCCACGUGCAGAGCCGCUCGGUCAACGUCGCACCAGGAUUCUCGCUCAAGUUUUAGCCCACCCUUAUCACCAAUGUCUAUAUAGUACAAGAUCCGGUGUAACAAAUAUAUACCCUCAUCUGUUAUUAAUUGGGAUAAGAAAUAAAUUAUAGAAAAUAUUCACAUUGACACAUUGCACAUAGGUUGUGCAUUUAAUUGCGGCGAACACUGUUAACUGUUUUUUUUUUUAAUUUAUUUAUUCUCGUUUCCUCAUUGGUUAAUUAAAACAUAGUGCACUAGUUAAAAGAAUAUACCCAAAAGAAUUUCAAAAGUAAAGGUUGCCAGAUAUAAACAGUUAAGUAAUGUUAUUUAUAUACUCUUUUCAGUUAUUUAUUAUAUCUCUUGAUCUAUUUCAUGGUUUCCUAGAUUUUGUAUGAAAAACGUGUUCGACCGCAAAUUAACUAGGCAGUCGAUUUGCAAUGUGUCACUGUGAACAUUAUCUUUCAUAUUUCAUAGCACUAAUAAAUAACAGAUGAGGGUAUAUAUUUCUAUUGCCGGAUCUUAUACCAAUAGAGCUAGCUUCAGAUAGUCUACAUUGAUAUUCACACACGCUUGCCAUAGAGCUAUGUGCCUAACAACAAAUAAAACGUGAUACUUUACUAAAAAUAACAGGAUAAUUUAUUACAUUUGCGAGUCAAAAUUUAUAAGGGUUUUGAUCUAUCUCGCUUCUUAAUGUUGACUAUGUAACGUUAAGCCACGUGUAAAAUCAAAUAAUUAUUGUACGAACACAUAGCAAUAUGACGAAUAUUUUUGUAUUACAUAUUAGCAUUUAAGAUAUUGUCGACUGUCUGACUACAUAUUUCUACAGCGAGGAAGUAGCGCUGCGAUGUGAAAUUAUUCUGUCACAUGUAACUGCCUGAUUUUGUGAAAUAUCUAUACUAAUAUUAUAAAGAGGUAAAGUUUGUAAGUUUGUAAGUUUGUCACAUUUUUUAAAUGGGGUAAUCUUCGGAACUACUGGUCCGAUUUUAAAAAUUCUUUCGCCAGUAGAAUGCUACAUUAUCGGAGAGUGCUAUAGGCUAUAUUUUAUAUUGGUAUCAUAUAUAUUAGCCUAAUUAUCACAGUUUUUGUCAUACAGGUCGGACUGAAAAUCCUCUUAAACAGACUUAUUCGCAUGCGCUGCCUUAACUAUUGUGUAAAAUUGAAAUUAAUGUAUAGAGACUUUAUGUAUCUUUAAAAGUUCUACAAAAAAGUCCGCGAUACCAUAUAUCUAUCUUCUAUAUAUUAGCAGAUAUAGUACCUUUUGUGUUUUAAAAAUUAUUAAUUUUAUAUACUUAGGUUUACGUCAUUAUUUAUACAACUAAACUUUAAUCCUUAUUAAAUUAAAUUAUUUAAUAAUCACAAGGAUAUUAUGGAGGUAAGAUUUGCCCUUUACAGUAUGUUAAUUACUUAAAUAGUUUCGGAGGUAAUACAAAAUUUCUAAAAGACGCAGUAAUUCCGCUAUAUGACGCCCGGCGCUUACAUUUACGUAGUUCCCGUUCCCGUGUGAAUAUGGGGAUCAAACAUAGCCUAUGACACUCGCAAAUAACGUAGCUUUCUAUUGGUAAAACAAUUUUCCAAAUCGGUCCAGUAGAUCCAGAGAUUACAACCACACGAACUUUACCUCUUUAUAUUAUUAGCAUAGAAGUCUUUAUUUCUCUUGGUCAUACCACCACUCUCGAAGGACUGGACCGAUUUUGCUAAGGGUAGGAGUAAGAUAGAGAAG